AUCUCACACCUGUGCCUCCUAGCGCCAUCUUUUUUUCGCAUGCUAAAUAUUUUUUAACUAAAAAAACACAAAAUCAUUUAAAACUGAUUUGAAUUAAAUUUAAUUUUGUGUAAAAAAAAAACCUUAGGGUUAUAAUGAUUUACAGUAUUUGGUAGGCAUCGUCAUUAUAUGUUAUUCGCUGCUAUCAUCACCAACGUUGAAUCGUUGCCAAUGGAAACAAAGUCAAGUGGAAUAACUAAAAGUCCGCAAGCACUUUUCAGGUGGCGUGAAAAUUUAAUUCGUUAAAAUAAAUCAAAUAACUGGGUAAAUCGCAUAGUAAUGAAAUUUAUACCCUUGCACACGAAGAACACUGCGAUUAUAUAUAAGAACGCGUUAUGCUCAUCCGCCAGUAUCAUCGUACUAAUCUUCAUCAUACUGUCCGUGAUGAUUCCGAUGUUGUUGGUGUCGCUGCUUAGUCCAUAUUCCGGCAUUUCGGAGUCGCGCGUUCUCUUUGAGCAGCCUCGUUUGCAGUUCAAGUUCUAUAGCAUAUUCACUGCUGAAACGGAAAAGAGGAUUAAUGUAGCCGAUAGUAGUGGUUUGGUGGUGUGCAGCACAUUUCCUCAGCUAAAUGCCCUUAUGCAAGAACGAAGUGGAAGCUGUGAGGGCAUUAAAUACCGGACUGAUGAUUUCGAUCACGAUGGCACUAUUGAUCGUGUACAUUUCCAACAACAACUUGACUCACUACCGGGCCCCAUUAGAAGUUUUGAUCUUGCAGUAUUUUUUGAGGCGAAACUGAAGCAUAAAUGCCCGCUCUCGCCACCGGCGCUGCUUACUUAUCAGACUAUUAUCCCAUCGGCGGUGCAGAUGCGUUCUGGCACUAUUUUAGUUAAAGCUGAACUGAAACUCCAACAAUACAUAGAGUUUACUUGCCCUUUCUUGGGACGCAAUGUAAAGACACAAUUUCGCGAAGUGGAUCUUAACUCUAAUAAUAGUAAUGUUGACGUGCACGACUAUCAAAUUCCAUCGCUGCUUGAGCAAUUGAAGGCGAACCCUGCGUAUUUUAAGCUCUCAGUGCAGGAAACUUACUUUCGACAUGAACAAGACAACAUUCUUCGCAUACAACUAGACUUAGAUGUUUUACAGGUGUCCGCGCGAUACCAUCUGAGUGUUUGGGAGCGCUUGGGUCAAUUCUGGUUAUAUUUCGCUUCCUUCUUCGGUAUAUCUUUCUAUGUUAUGAAUAAGAUUAAGGAUUAUCUUUUUGGCCAACACAUUAUUCGAGCAUGGGAGGUAAUUCCGUGGAAGAAGCUGUACUGACACGCGCGUGAUCACUCAGGAGAGGAUUACAUUGAUUUGGAUGAUUUCUCGACGUCUGUUAUGUACUAAAAAUAUAUCAUAUCG